UUAAGAAUUGCAAUAAAAUUAUAUAGAAAAAGAAAUUAAGGAAUCGGGACCAAAUAGAUUGCACGGAAUUGUCCAUUAAAAUGCAGUACAUUUAAAGAGAGAUGCAAAUACUAUAAGAAUAGAAGAAUACUUUAAAGAAAACCGCAAUAGAAAGGCAAUAAAAUAAUAAGAACUGCAAGAAACUGCAGCAUCAGCGCACAAAAAAUAAAUAAAUAAAUAAAUAAAUAAUAUACAAAAAAACAAAUUUAUAUCAACAACUUCAUAAUCAUUAAUUGUAGAACGAUAAUCACUAAACAAAAAUAAUAAAAUUGAGAAACAAAAACAAAUAGACAAAACAAAACAAAAACAUUACAAAGUAAAACCAAAACAAAUCACAAAGGAAGAAACCGAUUACCCACCCAACACUAAAAUCAAUCGCUUUGCUCAGUUAUUACAAAAUAUUUCACUAAUUGCCAACAAAUUACCCAUAAAUUUAUUGUUUUUACAAUAAUAAACGCAGCGAACAGCGAGCGGCGAGUAGCGAGUAGCAAGUAGGAAGCAGUGAGCAGGGAGUAGGAAGCAUAUCGUUCAUCAAAAAUGGAUUACAGCCAAUUGGAUGCGAAUAUUAAUAGUAAUCUGAAUACAGGCAACAUUUCCACACAUGACUUUCUAGCAAUAUUCUCAUCGACAAGUCCAACUGAUGUCGCUGGUGGUGGUCCAGGCGGAGGAAAUACCACGUCGUCCGGCAGCAUACUAUCAACGAAACUGCAUACGAAUGCUAGUCACAUAGCGAGCACUGGUGCCAGUAAUGUAACGCUCAAUCCGCCCUUACUUACCGUUGACGGUCAAUACACAGUCGCCAAUAUACUUGAGAGCUCAUUGGCGGGCAUUGCCACCACGUUGAAUCCCAAUUAUAUAAAUGACAGUCUCUUCUACUUAAAUAGUAAUUUUUUCAAUAGCAGCACAAGCACAAGCUAUGGCGGCUAUGGCAUUGGCGGCAGUAGCAUCAAUUUCUCGAGCGGCAAUUAUUACAAUCAAACAUUUGCGAAUAGCACCGGUAAUAUCACCGAGAUACAGUGGAAUGGGCGCUAUCCCAGCGGCUAUACGUUAACACACAUUGUGAUUGCCUCAAUUAUAGUUACAUUUCUAAUGAUAAUCAUUGUUGUGGGCAAUAUGUUGGUUAUCAUUGCGAUUGUGACCGAGAAAUCAUUGAAGAAUAUACAAAAUUGGUUUAUCGCCUCAUUAGCGGUGGCGGAUUUUUUUCUCGGUCUAAUUAUUAUGCCAUUCUCGCUGGCGAAUGAAUUGAUGGGCUAUUGGAUAUUCGGCAGUUGGUGGUGCGAUAUACAUUCGGCUAUGGAUGUGCUAUUGUGCACGGCUUCCAUUAUGAAUUUAUGUCUAAUAUCGUUGGAUCGUUAUUGGAGCAUAACAAAGGCAGUUGAUUAUUUGAAAUCGCGUACGCCCGCACGUGCUGCGGUUAUGAUAGCUGCUGUUUGGAUAAUGUCAGCUUUAAUUUGCAUUCCGCCAUUGCUGGGCUGGAAGGUGAAGAUGCCGGAGGGUCCGCUGCCAAAGUGCGAGUUAAGCGAGGACAUUGGAUAUGUAUUAUAUUCCGCCCUGGGUUCGUUUUAUAUACCCAGUUGCAUUAUGGUUUUUGUUUAUAUACGAAUUUAUUUUGCUGCGAAAGCUCGAGCGAGAAGAGGCAUUAAGAAGCAUCCGCGAAAAACAAACAACGAACAGGUGACAAGUUUUACCACAAAAAAAGGUACAAUUCCUAUGCCAUCCUCUAGUGGUGUCUCAUUGCAGCUGCAUCAACAACGUCAAAUAGCUACGAUAGAAACACCACCAGCUAGUGCCGGCAUGCCAAUGCAGAUACCGACUGUUACCUGCGACUUGGCAUCUGAUAUAUCAACAUCAGAAGCAGGCGAAGCUGAUCCACAUCCUUUAGUCUAUUCGAAUGGUAAUUCGGGUGUGCCAACAUCAAAUGCAGUGGGGAUGCUGUCAACAGAAACGCCCAAUUGUAAUAAGGAAACACUUAAGGUCAGUACUAUAGCAAGUGUGCGUGGUGCAUUAAAUGUGCCAGUGCCGCCAUCUAUGGCAGUUGAAGCUGCAACAGCAGCAACUGGCGCUUUAACAACAAACAACAAUAACAACGGUAGUCCAGCGACAACAAUUACGUCUGGUCUGGCGCCGACAUCAGCGACGACAACGUCGCUCUCACCGAAUGAGUUACGUGUCUCACCGAUUGCAGGUCGUUGUCGUGCCCUCUCAGUGGGCAUUGAUACUGACAUGGUCAGCGAAUUCGAUCCAUCCAGUUCGGAUUCAGGUGUGGUCAGUCGCUGUGCAGUGGUUAAACCACUGAAAUUUAGACUGUGCCAACCGAUAUUCGGUCGCAAAUCAAAUCAACAACGACGCAAUGAAGCGAAAACAGCAGCCACUGUUAAAACGCUUAAACCCUCCGAAAUAACUAAAACCGAACUUGAACCCGCCAUACCGAAAGUUCAAAAGCCACGUGAUCCUGAAAAGGAGAAACGACGUAUUGCGCGUAAAAAAGAAAAGCGUGCCACACUUAUUUUAGGUCUGAUAAUGGGUAGCUUUAUAGCCUGUUGGCUUCCAUUUUUCUUCUUGUACAUAUUAAUGCCAGCCUGUACUAGUCAUUGUAAUAUACCCGAGUCGGCAUUUGCUAUUGCAUUCUGGUUGGGCUAUAUGAAUUCCGCCUUGAAUCCGGCCAUUUAUACUAUAUUCAAUAAGGACUUUCGGCGCGCUUUUCGGCGUAUACUUUUCAAGUGAUGUUUGGCUUAUGUGUGCUGUUAUCGGUGCGUUCAUGCGAGCAUUGAGAAGGCAACGGAACGUGCCAUGGGCAGCACACCCAUGGGUUACGGCAUGUAUCAUUAC